CAUUAUAAGGUCUAGUUUUAGCUGGGAUGAAGCCAAUCAUGGAGGUAAAGAGUACCAGAAGAUAUUGUAUGGAAGCUGGAAAACAGAAAACCAUACAGAAAUCCACAAAGAACUAUAAGAAGCACUUGGUUAGAGUCCUGGACCAGGCACAGCAGACAACAAGCCAACAGCUUUGGGCCCUUGAUGUCUUGACCAGAGAAGUUGCCCAUGCUGAUAGUUUCCCCUUGGUAGCAGCAGAAGCCGCACGACUCUCCCAUUACAAACCCCGAAGAGCCAUCACCAGCCCUGAGAUCUGCUCAGCACUGAGGGCACUAGAACGAGUCAAGAUGGUAACCCAAGGAUAGUCCAAGCUGGAGGCUGAUCUA